AUCUUUGAUUUGAACAUAUUCUACAAAAGGAUUGGAUACACCUUUAGUUAUCUUUACAGACGUAGUUUGCAGCUCACAAUAUGUGGAUAACAGUUGCCCUGUUACUGUUACAGUUUUCGUUUGCGUAUCUUGAUAAAACGUGUGACGAGAAACUGAUAGUGUUUGAAAAUAAGCUGGCUGACCUGGAACGUGUUACCACUAAACUCGCCCUUAAGUUGGAAGAGACUGUAAAAACAUUGGGCGAAACGAGGAAAAAUUUGGAGCAUGCAACGCUUACCAUUGAAGAUUUAACAAAUGAAAACAUUGAUAUUAAAGAACAGUUACGAGAGGCACUGAGAGGAUUUAAAGAAGUGACAAAUAUUCCCAUAGAAAAUGCUAGUGAGCCAGAUGCAAAUGCAGAGGGAACCAUUAAUAAGCCCACAAUGCAGGAGAAAAGACGAGGGUCACCGCCUUCACAAGAAAAACGACUCCUCAUGGGGACAAACCACACCACCACAGCGCCCUCUAUCAAACAUGGAAUUGGAUUUACAGCAGUUACAACGGACCACCAGGAACACAUGGGGAUAGAUCACACAGUUCAUUUCCCAAGCGUUAUCACCAAUGACGGCAAUGGACUUGAUCCAUUUACCAGUGUUUUUCGAGCACCCACUUCCGGUUUAUAUCUUUUCAGCGCAUCUAUACUUAGUGAACGUGGUCAGGAAGUUCGAUGUGCCUUUGUUAAAAAUUGUGAUGCUAUUGCUUAUAUAUUUAGCGGCGACAGUUCCACACAUUCUAAUGGAGCCAAGUCGGUUCUUCUUGACCUUUCUACAAACGACGAUGUAUGGAUAAAAAUUGUUGGGUACAACGAUGUAAAGAUAUAUGGAGGAGCUUGGUCUUCCUUUAUGGGUGUAUUGAUAUCACCAUAGAUACAUAAAUAGUUCUCGAAGGGUGAA